AUGGCCACCAACGGCGAAACCGAGACCCACAGUGUCUUCUUGAGCCAUCUUGGCUCUCUUCCCGUCGUCAGUGAUGGCGUAACUUACUUCAAAGGUCACCCCGUUGGACAAAGAUCGCUCUCGAUCUCUCAAUCCGUCUACGACACCUUUGUCAAGCCUUUCUCCCCUUAUAUCGCCAAAGCCAAUAUCUAUGCCGGCCCUUAUGUCACCAAGGCAGACCAAUUCGCCGACUCCGGUCUUGCCCAACUCGAAGAGCGGGUUCCAAUUGUCAAGGAGCCCACCGAAAAGCUCAAAGAGAGAAUAAUCAACCUCCCAGUCUACCACACCGCACAGGAUGCGCUUGCAUUUGGCAACGAGAAGAAGGAUUAUGCUCUCAAGGUCUACAACGAUGAGUAUAACAAGGCUAGCAAUGGACAGAAGAGCUUGGUUUCCGUUGCUAAGGCCGGGAUCUCCACAACAUUCAUCUUGUCGACACAGACUAUUGGGUGGAUUGCUGGGUAUUUGACAGCAAAAAAGGAGGAGGUUAAAGAGACUGUCAAGGAGAAGACAGCAUCCGAGUAA